AUGCAACUAUCGGAAGACGAUUUGAACGAGGCGAUGCCAGAGGAGGAUUCCGCUGGUGAUGUGCCGUCGGAAGAUGGCGACGACCGAUCUCCCUCCACAACGACAACCAACAAUGGCAGUGAGGAAUCUGUCAACGACGCUACCCAGCAGGAUGUAUCCAACAUGGACUUUGACAGUGGUACCGACAUGAAUGGCUCUUUGGGCAACAACAACCAAGCUGACAACGACAACGCUAAUCUUAUCGACUCCAACAACAGCAGCAACAACAGCGACGCAGCCUUGGAGGCCCAACCAGAGGAAGAUAACCAUGAUGACAAUAAUGAGCAAGAGCAAGACAAGAAAGCAAGAAUCUUCAAGAAGAAAACUCCAGAAUACUUGGCAUUUGUGGAACUGUGCUACCAAAGGGGAUGGUUCCACUCCACCCUCCCAAGAUCCAGCGGCCCCAGAGCCGACCGAGACUUGGUGGCCUUUCUGGCAGCGACCGGAUUCUCGCGAGAACAGAUUAUCCGCAAGUACCGUGAGUUUCAACGGUACAUGGUCAAUCAGGAAGCUCCCACAGAGUUGGCGUUGCUGGAAGCCAUUCGAGAGGAAUGCAACGACAAGGACAAUAGCAAGAGCAAUGUCAUCCCUGUCAAACUAAAGGCGCCUCCUCGCAAGCCCAGCUACAAGGCUGUCGCUCGGGCAAAGAGUAGACAAGAACCGCAAGAGAAUAUUCCAAUCAGCAGCCCCAAGAAACAGCAACAACUUCCCAAUCUCCCUCCCAUGGAUCUCCGGGAUAUUGGUUAUGUAGCGUCCUCGCCGGCCCGGGCUGCGAGUCCAUUCUUACAACAGCUACGCAAAGUGGUGAGUCCAACGCCAUGGGGAGCAGAUCCACCACCAUCUCAAUUGCAGCGGUACCAAAGCUGGGUCAAGCCCAAUCAUCAGGGGGGUGCCGACGAGGCAUUGCCCCCACCACCACCUGGAUUGAAACGACUGGCCACCUCGGAGGUGACCAACUUGCUUCAGGGUCCCUUGUACCAUCAAGAACCGGAUCCCUCCAUGGACGGUGGUCCUCCUCGAUUUCCGCAUCCGUAUGCCGGAGGACUGGACCACCCGCAACAACAACAACAGGAAUCCUAUCCAUCCCUCUUUUCCAUUAGCUCUCUCUUUAGUGGCCAGCAGGGGGGGAACAAUCCUACAUUUUUGUCGAGCCACCGCCCAGAGUCCUCCUUUCCGCUCGACACUACCGCACAUCUAGGGGCUUCCACACCGCUGCCGUUUUCAUUCCCGCUGCUUCCAUCGACCGCCGGUUAUCAUGUCAACCAUAGUACUACUGCAGCCUUGGAGGAAUGUGCCAUUCCACGUUCCAUCAUCACCAAAGAGACCCACUUGUCGGUGACAGCGAAUCAUCAUUUCCAUCAUCCAAAGAACAGCGGCGGGGACAAGAUGCAUGGUGGUGACAACACCAGCAUGGCGGAUGAUGAGAUGGCAGAUUCUUCCUGGCAGCAUCCUGAUUCUACUGUCACAAUUCCUCCAAGCAGCCACAAUAGUACCGUCCCGCCCUUUCACUACUUUGGUUGA